AUGACGUCAGAAGAUAUCCCGUAUGUUAUCCCUGAUCCUGAUAUACUUAGCCUAGCUCACGUGAUUAUACCACUUGCUGAUCUCACUCCAGAUUUUAUGCAUCCAGUGGAGAAGAAAUCUUUAAGCUCAAUAGCAGUGGAACUUUGUGGCAAAAAUUUCACGUCGUAUUUUCCGAUCGUCGAUAUAUAUGACGCAAACAACAAAGAAUUAACAAACGGCAAUUUUUCUGCGCUCGCGGAUGGAUCAGUUGACUACGAGAAAUUGCAAAACGGAAAGAUUCCUGGAAAAAGUGGGCAACAUGUCGCUUUAAUCACUGGUGCAGCAAAACGUAUUGGCGCUAUUAUUGCAACAAAACUUCACGAUAUGGGUUAUCACGUUAUGAUCCAUUACAACACGUCUCAAGAUGAAGCGACUUCGCUGGAGCAAAAACUAAACAGGUAUCAUUUUUCAACUUUUGGAUAA